AUGUCGAGGUUCACCCACUUCGAGCAGACCAGCACUGGCUGGACCACGACCGAGCAGACCCGCGACGGAUGGACCAGCACUACCGUCCAUUACUCCUCCGGCCCUUCCCGGGACUUCAGCGGCGUGCCCUUCGCCGACCGCACCUUUCGCGGCGACGGCAACCUCGCGCCCCCGCCGCAGCUCAGGAGGACCAAGCCGAAGCUGGAGACCAAUCUCCAAGUGGUACGGGUCACGUCCAAGUUCAUGUUUGCCGUGGCCAUCACCAAUGCGGCCUUUGCCGGCAUGAUGCUGGAGGAUUUGCGACAUGACCCUUUCGAUUCGACCUGCACCGGUCACUACAUCAAAGACGCCUCCCACCCGUGGGAAGGGAGCUGGGCCGCAGGGCCCGGCCGGUACCACAACGAGUGCCGGCUGCUGUACAAGUGGACGUACAUCCUGCUCGUCGCCUGCGCCUUCACCAUGGUGCGCGCCCUGCUCGACGCCGUACCCGUCCGUGCGCCCUCAUAUUGGUCGGUGCAGUACAAGCCCGGCUCCUGGAUGGACCGGGUGUCCACGCCCGCCCGCGUCUACCUGCUCCGCACCAGCUUCUCGGCGGCCGCCGCGGCGCUGUACCUGUCCUGCCUCGUCAUCCUCGCGAGCAGCCGGAUCUUCACGGGCCCGCCGCCCGAGUACGACUCCUACCGGGUGCAGUACUCUACCGGCAGACAACGGUCAUCAUGUCGCAGCAACAUCACCAUCCAAGCCCCGGAGCCCGACUCUCCGCAACAUGAGCUUUGGGUCCGGAACCAAGAAUCCUCCCCGCUUCUCCGCCUGCCGCCCGAGCUCCGCAACCGCAUCUACGCCUUCGCCCUGACCUACGGCCAGAUCAACAUCCAGUACCGCCCCUGGGUGCACCGCCGCCGCGCCCCUGCUGCUGUCCACAACAACAACAACAGCAACAACAACAACAACAGCAGCCACCACCACAAUCACAAUCACCACAGGACAGAGGUCGUCCCCGGCGGCUUCUGGACGCAGGUGUACAGCGCCGACGCGGACCCCUGGUCGGGCCGGCACGCGGGCCAGCCGACGGCGCUGUCCCUGCUCUCGGGCGUCUGCCGCCAGCUCUACCUCGAGACGGCCCUGCUGCCCUUCCAGCUCAACCAGUGGUCCUUCUGCAGCAAGCACGUCAUGGACCGCUUCGUACUCAAGGAGCGCCGCCUGUCGCUCGCGCAGCGCCGCGCCAUCCACACGCUGUGGUGCCCGCAGGGCCAGCUGUCCAAGACGAUGGAGCGGUACUUGGGGGGCCUGCGUGUCGUCAUCUGGAAGCGCGGCAAGCACGUGCGCCGGGAGGUGCUGGCGCCGCUGAGGCCGUCGGACGUGGAGAGGAGGGCCGCGGCGGCGGCGGCGGCGGCGGGUGUGGGCGCUGGUGCGGGUGUGGGUGCGGGGAGGGAUCGGGAGUGUGGUGCUGGUGCUGGUACCUCCGACUCCGGUAUAACGCUUAACGGUUGUGGCCAAGGCUGUCCACCUCAGAGCAAACGGCCUUCAAGAACGCCAUGCCGCUCCGCUCUUGCCCGCCACGGCGCCCGCCACGGAAAACACCCGAACCACCGGGCUGCCAGAUCAACUCCCUUGCGGUAUCACGUCCGUGCUGGUCGGACAUGCUUCUUACCGGCAGGCGGCAUCCCCGGAAACCAGACGAUAGUGCAAGGAGCCAGCCUUACAUACGACAAGAUCGAGAGCCUGAAAUGUGAGGAGCUGUUCCCUACCGCUGUCCGUCUCGACUCUAUCGAGCCAGAAAUGAAGUUUGUGGCCGCAGGGGAGCCCAGAAGAGUCCUGGCUCCUGAGCUUGAUGCCGGAUAG